CUCAUGGAUCGGGGUGACUCCUCUGCUGAUCAGCGCACCAUUGAGUAGAAUGUUGGGAUAAAGAAGGUGGGUGGGCUUUGGAUUUGUUCUGUUUGGUAUCGAUUGCGAGAAGUCUCGCAAACUGAGAUCAUGUCUGUGCUGGGAAUGGGGGCUGUUUGUGUCCAAGAACUUCAGAGUUUAUUUUACUGGGGACCAGGGGAGAGCCAGAGCAGCAAACUGGCUGACCAUACCAAGAUGUACCCUCCUAAAGCAAGGGUGAUGUACCUCUCCCCAGGCUCUGGAUGGGCUCCCACUCACUAGCUACACUGUAUCCUCCUUGUGAGUGCUACCCAUUUGCACCAGAGAUUAGAAUGGAAUGGAACAUUACAGUAACUGCCAAUGGAAGCACAGGGGCAGAUCAUUUUGCCAAGCACCGCUUCUCUGUGUUCAGUGUCCUCAUACUAACUCUACUGGCCAUGCUGGUGAUAGCCACCUUCCUUUGGAAUGUACUAGUGCUGGUGACCAUUCUAAGAGUAAGAACUUUCCACCGAGUGCCCCACAAUCUGGUGGCAUCUAUGGCAAUCUCAGAUGUGAUGGUGGCUGCCUUGGUGAUGCCCCUAAGCUUGGUGCAUGAGCUGAAUGACCGCCGCUGGAGGUUGGGUAGGAUUCUUUGUCAUAUCUGGAUCUCCUUUGAUGUUCUGUGCUGCACAGCCAGCAUCUGGAAUGUGACAGCCAUCGCCUUGGACAGGUACUGGUCCAUCACCAGACACCUGGAAUACACUCUGAAGACAAGAAAGAGAAUUUCUAAUAUAAUGAUCCUGUUGACUUGGCUACUUUCUGCUGUCAUCUCCCUGUCCCCACUUUUUGGGUGGGGAGAGACCUACUCAGAGGUGAAUGAAGAGUGCCAAGUUAGCCAGGAUCCAUUCUACACCAUCUUCUCCACCUUUGGAGCAUUUUACCUGCCUCUUUGUGUGGUUCUUUUUGUCUAUUGGAAAAUCUACAAAGCUGCUAAAUUUCGGAUUGGGUCUAAAAAAUCAAACACCAUCACUCCAAUGCCAGAAGUCAUAGAGGUAAAAGAAGCCUCUCAUCAGCCUCAGAUGGUCUUCACUGUCAGACAUGCUACUGUCACCUUCCAGACAGAUGGAGACACCUGGAGGGAACAGAAAGAAAAAAAAGCUGCUCUCAUGGUGGGGAUCCUCAUCGGGGUCUUUGUUCUCUGUUGGAUCCCCUUCUUUAUCACAGAACUCAUUAACCCCCUGUGCUCCUGUGAUAUCCCUCCACUCUGGAAAAGUAUUUUCCUAUGGCUCGGAUACUCAAACUCUUUCUUCAACCCUCUGAUUUAUACCGCCUUUAACAAAAACUACAACAAUGCUUUCAAAAACCUGUUUUCAAGGCAGCGGUGAUCUCUUCAAGGAAAUACUUUUAAUCAGGAGAUGUCAUCAGUUGGCUGUCAUGUCAAUGCCCAGGGAUAUCAGUCAUACAACCACUGUGUGUUACUCUAGACCCAGCUAAACUGAUUUACAGUAUGUAUUCUGUGUUAAUGGACACGACUGUUGUAUGGCUUCUCUCUUCUCAUGGGUAACAAACCAGUAGCUUUGGGGAUGUAGUAGGUUGGACAGAAAGUUCUUAUGUUCUGCCCAGUGCCCACCAGUCAUAAACCCAGACUCCCUUUGUGUCUAAAACCACACUUGUUUUGUGUCAGGGAAGUGGGUUGGAUUAACAUACCUCAUCUUCUGAAGAUCCUCCUGGAAAGCAGAGAUGAUGCUGUUUUGUGUAACCACAAUGAGCGUUGCAUUAAGACAAGCGGUCAUUCAAAUCACUGCUUCCCAAGAGGAUCAGCUGUGUGGUUUUUAUGAUCAAGAAAGAAUUGUAUGCACUGUUUUCAUUCAAAGAACGUGGGAUCAACUGGAUCCUAGACAAAACACUAAUCAUUUAGCUCUUAGAAAACCCAUGAAUAAUACUGAAUGACGUUUUCGGUAUAAAUGACAU